AUGGCCAAGGACCCCUUUGUCGACCACCAUUCUCCCUUCAGCGGAUACUUGUCAGACGACCGGCGCUUCCUCAUUCCUCCCAUGCCGGGCCUCAUCCCGUUUCUACCCACGCCUCCUCUGCCGCAGCCGACACGAACUGCUUCAGGUCGAUCCGUGAACCACCUCCCCGGCGUGGACUGGGGUGCUGCUCGAGGCGGCAGCAGUCAGGCACCCAUCGAGCUCGACGACGACUCAGAACCCACAGCGGCUCCGACUUCAGGGUCCCCAAACGCCACCCGCACUCAGCAACAGCAACAACUGCGCCCUAACAACCACGCCGUCAACCCCUGGGGAAUAUUGACACCGGACAACACCCAGCAGGGUCAGGACCAACAAGCUCUACCCUCGUUUUCAGACUUCGCCGCCAACCUGGAUCUUCCACAGUUCGACGCGACUGCGCUAUUCCCUAACGGCGCCCCGCAGACGCCAGGCCACGAGCUAAACAGUGACGAGUACCUCUCGGCACUGGUCGAUGGGAACUUUUCCUCGCCAUCCUCAUACCCCCAACAACCUCUGGCCUUUUCAGCCACCCACCAAGCGAAUCAGUCUUCGAACCUACAAAAUCCUCCCCGCUGCUGUCCUUCUGACACGGCGCUACGAUCAAGCCGCUUCUUCGACAGAAACAGCGGCAAUAGUACUCCCGCCACGGCACCGAUAGGACGAGUGCCGACGGGACGCGCUGCAUUUUUUGAGGGCGAGGUGGAAGAGUCGCUUUUCGUUAGCUCAGACGACGAACAACCACCAGCCACGAUGCCUGUACAGACGCGCCGGAGAGCCUCCACGAUACUCAGUUCCGAUCACGACCCCGAGCCGGAGGAGAUCGCACCACCCGCAGCGCGGAAGAGAGCAGCGCCGUCAUCUGCGCCGUCUCGAACAACCGCCGCUCCUAAAAGACGGCGCACAUCACAACCCCAGGCCACGCGCACUCAGACAACGCCCAAUGCCCUAGUUAUAGAUGAAGAUCCCUUUGGCGAGGAAAAGGAAGAAUCGAAGAAGGGAAAAGAGAAGGAUGAAGACAUUAUUGAUCUGGCAGGCUCUAAUGAAGCGCCAGAGGAGAUGAAGGUGCCCAAGGAGGACAACAGGGUCAAGCUCUCAGCCUUUCAGUGUGUCAUUUGCAUGGACGAUGCCACCGCGUUGACAGUGACACACUGCGGUCAUCUAUUUUGCUCCGAGUGCCUACAUUCUGCUUUAAAUGUCGACGCUACCAAAAACAAGUGCCCAAUUUGCCGACAAAAGGUCGAAACCAAGGACCGAAGCGAGUACACAAGCAAGACCAAGGGCUUCUGGCCUCUGGAGCUGAAGCUGAUGACGGCAAGUCGUAAGGGGAAACAGCGUGCAUGA